UCGUCGGGAGAGAAGCUAUCGAGGUUCCGCGUGAACAUGUGCGAAUGAUGAAAUGUGUUUGCUAUUGAAAUAAAAGUCGCGAGGCAAAUACAACGGAGAGGAAAGAAAAACGCUCGAGUUCCAUAUGCAGAAACGGUUUCAAGCGCGAGAGCGAAAGGAUGGACGCGCAGAGGAAAGAAAAAAGUGAUAUAUUGUAAAGCGUGUUUGUGUAUUAGUUCACGUCGGUGUCGUCUAACGCGAGCCUGUGAGACAGUAGAUAAGGGGAUACCAAGUGUUAAUAGAUCGUAGUGACGUGUUCACAUUUUAUUACAGUGAGACAUCAUGUCUACGUUAGUUGCCGCGGAUUACGUGGUGAUUGGUGUAUCGAUGCUCAUCAGUUCCGGCAUCGGCGUGUACUAUUGGCUCACCGGUGAUCGACAAAAGUCGACCGAGGAGUACUUCGUGGCGAACAAAUCGAUGCGAGUGACGCCGGUGGCGAUAGGUUUGAUGGUUUCAUAUUUAUCAGCGGUCAGCCUACUCGGAGUGAGCUCGGAGAAUUAUGUUUACGGCACGCAAUACGCCGUGAUCAACGUCUCCUACGGCCUCGCCACGCCGUUCGCGGCCUAUUUUUACCUGCCGGUGUUUUACAAGCUCGACGCUACGAGCGCCUUCGAGUAUCUGCAGAGGCGCUUCGGCACAGCCGCCAGAUUAACGGCCAGCUUGGCCUUUCUGGUGCAGCUGCUUCUCUACACCGGCGUGGUGUUGUAUGCACCCGCGUUAGCGCUGGAAGCCACCACGGGGAUCUCGACGAGCGCGAGCGUGAUCGGCAUAGGGCUCGUGUGCACCUUCUACUCGACGAUCGGCGGCAUUAAAGCGGUCCUCAUCACCGAUGUGUUGCAGAGUCUGCUGAUGCUGGCCGCCGUUGUCACAGUGAUCGCCACUGCGGCAGUCGACGCUGGCGGUUUCGAUCAAAUCUGGCUGAUCGCUCGCGAAGGAUCCCGAAUAGAAUUUGACAACAUCUCCCCGGAUCCAACUGUACGGCACACCUGGUGGAGUCUGACACUCGGUGGUUUCUUCACUUACCUCUCCUUAUACGGCGUUAAUCAAGUUCAGAUUCAGAGACUGCUGACCGUCAGAAAUCUGAAAGCCGGCCAGCGCGCGCUAUGGUGGAGCUGGCCGAUGGCGUCGAUCAUGUCGCUCACCCUGUGCUUCUCCGGCUUGGCGAUAUACUCGAAAUAUCGUAGCUGCGAUCCGCUCGAGGCGGGCAGGAUCAGCUCGAACGAUCAAUUGAUGCCGUUGUACGUGAUGGACACGCUGUCGGGCUAUCCCGGUGUGCCUGGGCUCUUCGUAGCCGGAAUCUUCAGUGCCGGACUCAGCACCAUCUCGGCCACGGUUAAUUCCCUCGCCGCUGUUAUCCUCGAAGAUUAUAUCAAGCCUCUCUGGCGUGUAAGAAGGAAGGAGCUAUCCGCAAGAAUGUCCGUAAUACUCAGCAAAGUUCUGGCUCUUGUGGUCGGGCUGACGUGUCUGACGAUCGCUUUCCUGACGCGAUUUCUCGGCGGGCUUUUGCAGGCAGCCCUGACAAUCUUCGGUGUCGUCGGCGGACCUAUGCUGGGUUUGUACACGCUCGGCAUGUUCGUCCCGUCGUGCAACCAGAGGGGCGCGAUCACGGGCUUCGUUCUCAGCCUCGCAUUUUCCUCAUGGAUCGGAUUCGGCCAGCCGAAACCGCCAAUCCCGCGGCUGAGUGUUUCGACCGACGGCUGCGGAUCCAACGACACCGUUAUUACGUAUCACGGAAAUGACGGCGGAUCGUUUAUUUAUGCGAGCUCGGCGAGCUACGACGACCGGUCGCAGGAGAACGGCUCCUACUUCUACCUCUAUCGCAUCUCUUACAUGUGGUACUGCCCAUUGGGAUUCCUCGUUGCCGUGGCCGUCGGAUGGGCGGCCAGCUGGAUCGCCAGAUGGAUUUUCAAGGAAGAUCCGAGCGAGAUCGAUCCUGUUUUACUGAGUCCGAUCGUGGCGAAGCGGGCGAAGCAAGGAGGACGAGGAGAAACCGAUGAGUUUUGCAGCACGAACGCGCUCGAUGAAACCUGUCGUCGUAAGAACGCGCAUUGAACGCGCGCAUUUACUCGCGUUCGCACUUCUCCGCGCGCGCGCGCGUUCGAAUGCGCACGUGGACGUCGGCUAUAGCGGCAGCGUCCGGAGCACUAACGCCGGCAAGUUUCGACGUGCGUAAACGAACGAAAUCGAGCGGACCUGGCCCCUCGGUCAGGUCGGAGUCGAAGGAGUUGGCGGGCGUAAGGCGAGAUGACGAUUGUUCGUUACUCCGUAAUAUUCAUUUUAUUCGUAAGGGACGAGAAGAAGAGAGAGAGAGAGAGAGAGAUUCGAGCGCGACGCGCUCGAUUCCGCGCCUCUCCGCGAAUCCGUCUCUAAUUUCGCUCUUCCUAGAAGCGAGAACCGAUUUUCAUACACCGUGAGUCGUGCGGCGGAAUGCCAGCACGACGUACAGACGUAAACACCACGGACCACGGGCGCGCUGUACACGUUUACCGAAACGUUCGCAAAUCACGAUGGAAUGCCGUCGGACUGGUGUCCCCCGUCUGU